AUAAGUUGUAUGAGACAGUUACAGUGUAACCAUAGGAUUGGUUUUGCUCUUUGGCUAAAAUGACACAUUAUUGCAGAUGAAGUGAGGGUCGAGUCAUUGUGUGACAUCCAGUGAUGGGGACGAACAGCCAGAGCACCACCAUCAUGGGAACUCAAGAUGACGUCCCAGCUCCUGCUCAGCUCAACGAGGACACUGCAGUGUGCAUUGUUUCUGUGAAAGGCUUAAAGGAGAACUGGCAGAAGUGGUCUGACGAGCGCCAGGAGUACCAGAAGCACAAUCCCUUCAGUCACGACACCAGGCCCAGUGCGGUGGUCCCGCUGAAGGAGCACGACGACUAUGGGAGGCCCCUGCAGGGCUCCAUGACGGAGCAGCGGGGGAAGGAUGCUCACACACAUAUCAGCAGAGAGGUUCAGGAGCUGUGUGAGGUGAUAAGGAACAUUGGAGAGCCGAGAGACAGCGAUGCGGGUGGGAGCAGCAGCGACGGGAAAGUGAUCGCUGUAGAAUUUGGGAAACUCUUUGAGCACUAUGUCACUAUCUCUAAUAAGCUGGUGGGGAUUCUUCUACGAGCGAGGAAGCAGAGGCUGGUUAACUUUGAGGGGGAGAUGCUGUGGCAGGGGAAGGAUGACCAUGUAGUUAUCACUCUGUUACAGUGACCAGACACUUGGAUUAGUGUUAAUGCCUUGAUUCAUGUUGCAUCUGCAGUGGCAGGUACAGAGCUUCUUCAUGGCAGCACUCACUGUAGUAAGCGGAUAGCAUGGGGAUUGCACUAACUGUACUUCAGUCAUGUAAUGGUACUUUUAUUUAGGUAGAUAAAAUCUUGUAAUAACCUGAAAGCAAUGGACUGACAUAAGUUAAUCACAACUACAUAUUAUGUUACCAAUUUGGGUGAUACCAAGUAAAGUCAGAGUGGUUUCAUGAGUGUGACCCAGAGCCAAAGAGAACAUGAAGCCACCUGUGAAAGACAAUAGGGUGCUAUAGGAUGAACUUGAUCCGACUUGGCUUGGGUGCUUCAGAGCAUGUAUAUAUUGCAAGUGUGCUUGUAGUUUAGGCCACGUAGUUAUACUUUGAAACACAGAAUACCUGAACCACAGAUGUACAAGACAGAUGUACAAUAAACUAAAACAUUGCUUUAAGAGAGUGAGAAGCACAUAGUAAAGAACUAUGUACUGACUGAUAGACGCCAUGAUAUCUGCUGCUGCUAUUGCAAAUUAUUGAGCUUUCUUAACAUGAGGAGUAGUAAAUUGAUAAAAC